CGCUGAAGCUGUGCCUCACACACACAGCUUGAGCUCACAUACAAAGUCUUCGUGUAAGCUUUGUUUCCCUCUCUUCUUGUCUCUUUCUUUUCUUCAUUUUACCUUCUCUCCGCUCCCCUUAUUGUAUCCGCAGCCAUAAAAAGGGAAACAAUAACAUAUAACAAGAAAGGGGACAAGACCACCUGAAAUUCGUCUUUCUUUCUAACCCUGUUCACAUACAACAACAGCAGUAAACACGACAGCAUUGCAUUUUGAUGAUUCAUAUUUUGUCUUCCUCGAGAGGAACAACUGCACUACUGUUCAUCGUCGCAGCCGUAUUACUGUCAUUACACCGUGUAUCCGGUCACAGCGUAAACAAUAGACAACUGUUGCAUGUCGAACCGUUGAGGACAGUUCAGCUCGAUAUUGCCCCUCGCCCUGAGAAUUUUUUCAGGAAACGAAGCUUGACACAAAACCCUGCAUAUACACCUUCCAGCCAUAGUAUUGAACACGAUGACAUUUUACGAUUAACGCUUCGUGCCUACAACCAGUCUAUUAAUCUCCACUUGCACCCAAAUCUCGACCUAUUCCACCCGAAUGCAGUGACAUGGCGUAAUGGCGAGGGCACACCCCUCACUCACGAACAGUUUCGAAUCUACCGAGGUUACGUCGUCAGUGACUCGGAUACCCACCAUCGAUGGAAACGAGACCGGGCAGGUGUGUCAGAACAACAAUACUCGAAUGAUAUCGAUGACGCCCAGCAUCUCGGUUGGGCUCGAGUGAUUCUUCGACAGGAUUUAACCAGACCCGACAUGGACUAUCCUGUGUUUGAAGGUGCAUUUACAAUGAACGGCGAAAUGCAUCACAUAAAGACUACCCGAAACUACAAAUUAUCCAAGCGUUUGGAUGAUGCUGAAUUAACCAACAAAGACAAUGCCCACAUGGUCAUUUACCGUGACUCCGAUACCACACUUGUCUCACCCGACAACGAAGACGACAGCCAUAGUGGAGGGUGCGGUUUCGAUAGAUUAGCCUUCAACAGUGGUAACCAGUUCCAGCAUCCAGUUUUGCGCGCGGGCCAUCCUGCUGCAGGCGAGAUGGGCAUUUACACCCCUGGCCACUUGUUUGACUCUCCUGUCGGUGGAAGCAGUGGUUUGGCCAAACGGCAGGAUACCAGUGGGUGUCCAAGCUCAACGCUAAUUAAUUACAUGGGCGUGGCUGCCGACUGUACUUACACCAGAAACUAUGGAUCGGUUGAAGACGCACGGACGCAAAUCAUCAAUAAUUGGAAUACUGCCUCAGGAGUCUACGAAAACACGUUCAACAUUCAAUUGGGGUUGAUCAAUAUCACAAUCAUGUCUGAAAUUUGUCCGUCUUCACCAGACCCGACUUGGAACCGAGAAUGCUCCAACAGUUAUACAAUAAGUGAUCGAUUGAGCGACUUUAGCUUAUGGCGCUCGUACAUGAGUGGUGAUGGCGCUGGCUUGUGGCACUUGAUGACAAACUGCGCAACGGGCGUGGAAGUUGGUGUUGCUUGGUUGCAACAGCUUUGUAACAUGGGUGUAAAUGAGCAAAGUGUUGGAGGCGUAACUCAAUAUGUAUCAGGAACCGGUGUUUCCUCAGUCCUUCGUGACGAGUGGAAAGUUGUCGCACACGAAAUCGGCCACGGUUUUGGUGCCAUUCAUGACUGUACAUCCGAUACGUGUCCAUGUAGUGGGUCAUCAUGUAGUUGCUGCCCACUGAGUGAUAUCGAAUGCGAUGCUGGAGGAACAUAUAUCAUGAAUCCUACAAAUAACGUCUCGAGUGAAGCGUUCAGUCCCUGCUCAAUCAACACUAUCUGUGGCCUAUUCUCUUCGAUGGGAUCAUGUUUGGAAGCUCCCGGUAGCCGUACUGUCCAGACAUUGCAAAUGUGUGGUAACGGUAUCAAAGAAGACGGUGAAGACUGUGAUCCAGGAGGAACUAGCAGCAGUUGUUGUGACGCAGAAACUUGUACAUUCAUUAACAACGCUACUUGCGAUGAUGUAACCGACUUGUGUUGCGACAACUGCCAAUUAGGUCCUGCAGAGACAGUUUGUCGUGAAGCACAAAGUGAAUGCGAUAUUGCUGAAUAUUGCGACGGUAAUAGCGGGGAUUGUCCGGAAGAUGCAUUUGUGGACGAUUCCACUUCGUGUGGUGGCGAAAACAGCGGCCUACAAUGUGCAUCCGGCCAGUGUACAUCGCGAGAUCAACAAUGUCAGGAACGUGGUUCCGAGCUGUCCAUUACGAGUGCCUGUUCAGGAAUGAGUUCAAGUUGUCAAAUUUCCUGCUCCAGCGCGAGUGGCUACGGCUGUACCUUAUUCAAUGGUAACUUUUUGGACGGCACGCCUUGUGGUGGAACCGGUCUGUGCAGAGACGGAUCAUGCGACUAUGGAGGAUCAAGCAACCGAGCACUAGCAUGGCUUCAAAACAACAAGGAGAUUGCUAUUCCAGUAGGCGUUGUUUUAGCCCUCAUCCUGCUUUUCAUUCUCUUCCGAUGCUUCUUUAGAGGCUGCUGUUGCUGGCCUGGUCUCACUGCGUACAAGGCACGUCGACGAGCACUCCAGAACGGCCAAGUAGCACCGCCACCGCCAGGCUAUUACAACAACGGACCUAAUAGCCGGCCACAAACUGCAUCACCACAUCCACCUCCUCCAGGUUCACCACUACCACCACCAGGAAUGCGAUCAUCCGGCGGAUGGGUCGAUCCUACCGCAUACAAUGGUCCUGCGGCCGCAAGUCCUCCAUAUCCUCCACCAAUAUACGCGCCUCCGUCCUCCGCACCUCCACCCCCACUCCACAAUGCUCGAAGCACUUCUCCACCUCCACUUCCACCAAUGCAUGGUUCGCCUGCAAGUCGAGUCCAGCGGUUUACAGGAAACCACUAAAUGAUCCUGUUCUUUUUUUUUCUUGUAAGAUAAGGGGAAAACAUACUAGAUAGAUCAGGGAGAUCAUAAUAUAUUGUA